GGAAGCGAAUGGCGGAAAUGUAGAUCCACCUCACGCUUUCAGUUAGUCAUUUCUGGCUAUAGCUCUUUCUUUUCUUCUUAAAAGCAGAACCGAGCCCAGAGUCCAGCAGAUGUCUUCAGGCGAAAGCACUACGCGGUUCUGAAGAAGCGAUGCGGUCGCUUUGAGUCGCCUGACAGGGUUUGUAAAGUGGAUGGACGGAUGGGCAGUCAGUGAGCCAGCUGAGAGCGUCCUGUCACCGACAGCCUGCCAGUUUAAACACCGACAUAUGGCCCUGCCGCUCAGUUAGCCGAGGGAGACGAGGAAACGACGCGAGCAUCAUGUUUCUGAAAACAUCGUUCACCACCCUGAUCGUGGGGGUGUUUGUGGUCUAUGUGCUCCACACCUGCUGGGUGAUGUACGGGAUCGUGUACACCAAACCCUGCAACAACCCCAAAGGUGCCAACUGCAUCACACCCUUCCUGGCUGGGAACCCCAAACUGCAGCUGAGCAUCUACACCACACUGCGGUCGAACGCAGAAGGAGGCCAUACUCUGAUCCACAAAGAGGAGAACUUUGAUGUCAACAGCAAGUUUGAAAGGACAAUCAAUGUCUCCCUACCUAAGAAAACCCGUAAUAAUGGAACUCUAUACGCACUAAUAUUUGUCCAUCAAGCUGCCCACGAUCCGUGGCACGAUCCACGACAAGUUCACUUGGUUGCUCAGCUCACCACGUACAUGGUCCCUAAACCGCCUGAAAUCUCUCUGAUAUCUGGGGAAGAUAAAACAAAGGGUCAGAAAGAAGGCCAGCAGAAGAAGCUGCAUGAUGCAGCGGCAGGGGGCGGAGCCAGAGCUGGAGCCACCUCUGUGUCAGACCAUCCAGUUUCACACUGGCGCUCCCGCCUCACUGUCAACAUUGUCGGCGACCACUUCCUCUUUGACAGAGAAUACCUCCCAAAUGAUGUCCACAGAUACCUCAGAGUGUUUCAGAAUGGGAAGAAGGUGGUGUAUCUACCUCUGCUGUUUGUUGAUGAGCUCAGCAACCGGGUCAAGGACCUCGUGGAGAUCAACAGUACCACUACAGAACUUCCUCUGAUCAUCUCCUACGACUCAAUCUCUCUGGGCAGACUUCGAUUCUGGAUCCACAUGCAAGACGCCGUUUACUCUCUGCAGCAGUUCGGGUUCACAGAGAAGGAUGCUGAUGAGAUUAAAGGGAUCUUCGUGGAUACCAACCUGUAUUUCCUGGCCCUGACUUUCUUUGUAGCUGCUUUCCACCUCCUCUUUGACUUCCUGGCCUUCAAAAAUGACAUCAGCUUCUGGAAGCAGAAGAAAAGUAUGGUGGGAAUGUCCAGCAAAGCAGUGCUGUGGCGCUGUUUCAGUACCAUAGUGAUUUUCCUCUAUUUGCUUGACGAGCAGACCAGUCUGCUUGUCCUCAUACCUGCAGGGAUCGGCUCUAUGAUUGAAGUUUGGAAAGUGAAGAAAGCCUUUAAGAUUCAAGUUUUCUGGAAAGGAGGCAAACCCACAUUCCUGUUUGGAAAGUUAGAUGAAUCUGAGAGGAGAACAGAAGAAUAUGAUACCCUGGCCAUGAAGUAUCUCUCAUACCUCCUUUACCCACUGUGUAUCGGAGGGGCAGUGUAUGCACUAAUAUUUUUACGAUAUAAGAGUUGGUACUCGUGGCUGAUUAACAGCUUGGUGAACGGUGUUUAUGCAUUCGGGUUCCUCUUCAUGCUUCCUCAGCUAUUUGUCAACUAUAAGCUGAAGUCUGUUGCCCACUUGCCCUGGAAAGCCUUCACGUAUAAGGCAUUCAAUACCUUCAUCGAUGACGUGUUUGCCUUCAUCAUCACCAUGCCAACGUCUCACAGACUGGCCUGUUUCAGAGAUGAUGUGGUGUUUCUCAUCUACCUUUACCAGAGAUGGCUCUACCCUGUGGACAAAACAAGAGUAAAUGAAUAUGGAGUGUCGUACGAUGAAAAACCCAAAGGGAAGAGUCACUAGACUCGGAGGAAUUUGCUUUUAUGAUCUGGAAUCUGUGGGUAUUGUCUUGUUUCCACUGGUGUCCACUCAUCUUUAUCAACCGGAAUGAGUUUAAUGGUCAGGGGGACAUUUUUUGUUGUAUAUGUUCCAGGCACAUAAAUGUGCUUAUGGUUCGGACUUUUUCCACCCUGUUAAAAAUUGUUAAAAGGGCAAUAUCAUCUUCUGCUUCGUCUGACAGUCUGACGAGGCCUUCUUGUUUUGUUUUGGGGUUUUUUUUGGUGGGGCGGGGGUUAGUUACAGUGUGUGUGAUGGGACACAGUGACAGUGUGUUUUUAUUUUUCCAGAGUUUUAAAUGCACAAAGGAAUCUUUAUAAUUCUUAACAAUGCUACGCUCAUGUUUUGAACAAGUUGGAUUCAGCCUGCUCCGACAGCUGGCAGAUGUAGUAUAUCUACGAGCUGCAGAGAAAGAGCUGCUUUGCUCAUCUGAGAGCUUUAUUCAGUAAGAAGACAUAAUCCAGUGGCUUGUUGUAUACCUACCAGAUAAGACAGCCUUCAAGUAAAAUCAAGAUAGCUGUGUGAUGGCAGGGAUAGAAAGACUGUGCUGUGACAAAAAAGGAG